AUAUCAUUUUCACAUUAAUUUGAAGAUUAAAUAAGAUUACAGGUUGAUUACAAAGAUUUAUUACUAAAGAAAAAGGAUAUCAAAAUGGCGCAGCAAAGCAGAGCUAUAUUAAUCACAAUUUAAAGAUGGAACAACUCACUCCAAUGGCGGCUUUUCUCUCUCUAACUCUCCUCUCUCUUCUCAUCGUCCACUCCUCAUGCCAACAAGUGCCCAGCAUCGUCCAUGACGCCUGCAAGGCCUCACGUGACCCGCCGGCAUGCGAGGACUGGCUGUCCCGCUCCGGUCACGUGCCGCCCAACGCCACCGCGCUGCAACUCAUCCAAUCCUCGCUGCAGAUCAUCUCCGACGAUCUCGACAAGGGCAAAGCCAUGGUCCAAGACAUCCUCAACUCCUCCGCCGGCAACCAGAACCGCACCGCCGCCGCCCAGAGCUGCCUCGAUAUGGUGCAUUACUCCGCCUACCGGGCCAAUCUGGUUGCCGGGGCUCUGCGCCGCCGCGAGAUCAAGGAUGCGCGUGCAUGGAUGAGCGGCACGUUGGGGUACAAGUACGACUGCUGGUCGGCGCUCAAGUACGUGAACGACACUUCUCAGGUGGUCAAAACCAUGGCUUUUUUCAACUCGACUUUGAUCGGCGGCGGCAGCGCCGCUCUGGCGAUGCUGGUGAAUUACGAUUUAUAUGGUGAGAAAACCGGGUCCUGGGCCCCGGUCCGGACCGAGCGGGACGGGUUCUGGGAACCUGCUUCCGGUUCAGAACCUGGUCCAGGCGGCGGCGUGCCACGGGGGUUGAAGGCGGAUGUGACGGUGUGCAAGAGCGGAGGCGGGUGCGAUUACGACACGGGCCGGCUCUGGGUGCAGAAGGCGGUGGACAAGGCACCCUCCGGUUCGGGGAAGCGGUUCGUGAUAUGGAUAAAAAGGGGGGUUUAUGAGGAAACGGUUUUGGUGGGGUUGGAGAAGACGGAUGUGGUUCUGUUGGGGGAUGGGAUGGGCAAAACGGUCAUUACCGGGUCGAAGAAUGCGGGCCAGCCCGGGGUGUCCACGUACCGGUCUGCAACUGUUGGAAUUCUUGGAGAUGGAUUCAUGGCGAGCAACAUAACCUUCCAAAAUACAGCAGGCCCAGAAACUCAUCAAGCCGUGGCAUUCCGAUCAGACAGCGACCGUUCCAUGAUGGAAAACUGCGAAUUCGUUAGCAAUCAAGACACUCUAUACGCACACAGCAUGCGGCAGUACUACAAAUCCUGCCGCAUCCAAGGCAACGUGGACUUCAUCUUUGGAAACGCGGCAGUUGUGUUCCAGGAUUGCCACAUCCUGGUGGCUCCUCGGCAGCAGAACCCGGAAAAAGGCGAGAAAAACGCGGUUACGGCCCAGGGGAGGACGGACCCAGCCCAGUCGACGGGGUUGGUCUUCCAAAAAUGCGUGGUCAACGGCACAGAGGCCUACAUGCAACUGUUCCGCCGCAACCCCAAGCUGCACUCUAGUUUCUUGGGUAGGCCGUGGAAGGCGUAUUCAAGGACCGUUUUCAUUUGGUGCGAUUUGGAAGGCAUUAUCAAAGGCGAGGGGUGGAUGGCAUGGGAUGGGGAGUUUGCGUUGGGGACUUUGUACUAUGGAGAGUACAAGAAUGUUGGUUCCGGAUCAGACACAUCGGGGAGAGUACGGUGGAGCAACCAGAUUCCGAUGGAGCAUAUUCACUCUUACUCUAUCCAAAAUUUCAUCCAAGGAAAUCACUGGAUUCAUGCCAUUUGACUUGGGCAACCUCUACGAAUAUAAUUCUUAGGAAAAUGAUUCACUGGAAAAUGAAUCGAUUACAUUCCUUUGCCUGCAUUUCGAAAUAAAAUAAAACUAAAUUGUUAGAGUUCUGAAUUUA